AUGGAAGCCCUAAUGUUUCAUAAAAUGUUAUUAAUGAAACAGGAGGAGCGGGGGAAGCUUGAACUUCCGGAAAUGCAAAACCUAAAUCACAUCCCGACACUUUUCGGAAAGUUGCCAGUUCCUCAGACUGAAACUUUAAAUGUGAAGAUGAGUGAUGAUGUGUGUGAUGAAGCGGAAUCGGGUAGUUCAGAAAUGUCGCCUGGUCAUUCGCCUCGGGAAAAUUCAUUGCAAUCCGUCAGCCAGUUGGAUAUUUCCCUGGAUCCAAAUGACCACGUGAAAAGACCUAUGAAUGCUUUUAUGGUUUGGAGUAGAGGGCAGAGGAGAAAAAUGGCUCAAGAAAACCCGAAGAUGCAUAAUUCCGAAAUUAGCAAACGCUUGGGCUCCGAAUGGAAGAAUUUAAGCGAGCUUGAGAAGCGACCAUUCAUCGACGAGGCGAAACGACUGCGCGCUCUCCAUAUGAAGGAGCACCCAGACUACAAGUAUCGGCCCCGCCGGAAGCCGAAACAGUCCCAGAAGGUGAAACAGCCCCAGAUGCCUGCAAUUAGCCUGCAACUACCUUUCCCUACAACAAAUCCAUUCUUAUCGUAUAACACUAUUGCUAAGCCGGAUUCGAAUCUAUGCUAUCCGUUCUUUUCGGGUUUUGAGCCAUGGAUGAUGUACCAGGCAGCCAGUCUGGCCGCGAUGCAACAAGCCCAACAACCGCUGAAUGUGCCAACUACCUCAUCUACCCAG